CUCUUGACAGCCAUCUUGGAUCGGUUUUUUUUUCGCUCGCUGGCGCUGGCUAUGUUGUAUGCUUUAGUCCGUCGUCGUUUUUGGUCGCCGUUUCGUGCCACUCGUUACUUUUGCUCGUGUGUUGGCUUUUAAAUUGUCGCAAAACAACAGCGAAAACGCAGUUUUGAGCAACCUUAUCUCUCUCUGAUUGACUAUUGAUCACGUUCAACCAUUUUGUGUCAAGUGAAUUUUUACCACUAGUUUAAACCGGUUAUUUUCCCUUUUGAACAACUUGUGGUGGUGGUGAAGAAAAAAAAGGAAAGGCAGUUUGUGUCUCAUAUUCAGUCCAUGUUUCGUUGUUGGAUGUGAAAGAAUUAUCGCAGUUAACCGGGGGGGAAGAAAUAAUCAUAGAUUGCCAUGUUUCCAAUGGUCGCCACUCAACGUCAGUUUUGAACUGUGCAAGAGAGAGAGAGAGAGAGAGUUGUGUGGAUAUUUUGGACUCGUCGAUAUCGAAAAUGUAAGUUUCCAACGUUGGUGAACCGAUGGAUAUUGUUUCAAGACUUUUAAUUAGUGUGAUGCGUGGGUCGCCGACCUGGAACUUCUCCUUGGUUACAAAAAGAAAAGAAGGAAAAAAAAGAGAGGCAUAAAGAGCUGCUCUCCUCUGCGCGUUGUGGAUUGGGAACCAACCCAUCGUUUGGUGGGUGGAAUCAGUAGGGUUGGGAGGAGGAGGAAAGUAACGACUAUGAGAAGGGGAAAGAUGGAGGAAAAGAGGGUGGUGCAGGAGGGUGGGUAUAGAAGGUAUAGUCUUUAUGGAUAUGGGGAGGCUGGGAGAUUGGGAGGUGGGGUGGCCGGUCAGCCGCCGGUGUGUAAGUUCGACAUCUCCCAACCCCCCUACCACCACCCACCCACCACCUUCCUCCCGGACGGUGAAAAGCUCGUUUUGCGUUUACCACCCACUUUACUUCCCACUGCCUCCCCCCCCCUUCUUCUUUCUGCCUCCCGUUCAUUAGUAGUGCCUCGAUAUGUAUAGUGCAUCUCCUUCCGCCCUACUUCCCCCCUUUCUCCACGUCAAACCGUCCUGGGUUUCAUUUCAUUGACACGUUUCCAUCAUCCCGGCCGCAAGUGACGUUGGGCAAUUCGUGAUUCGGGAAACAAGGGACUACUACCCUUGUCUUUCACGCCAUCUUGGUCUCGAAAAACAAGUCUAGCGUGAUAAAAACAAAACAAGCAAAAACCAUGGAAGCAGAAGAAGAUUCACCGGUUGUCGACCUUUCCGUCAGUAGGAAACCGGCAGAGGCGAUGAAUCAACACCGUGAACAACAGCCGUUCAAGUUUGAUUUGGCUGACCUCCCCCAGGACUUGUCCGUCCAUCGCAGCCAUUUCAGCGCUCUGGCUGGUAUCAAUCCAACACCUGCUCACGGAGGGGCUGGAUUCAGUGGCAACGGUAACGGCGUUGGCCGCAGCGCUUUGAGUCCUCUACCUGUUCAGGCUCAUAUGCAAUCCCCUUUCAUUCCACUUCACCAUCGAUCUGGAGGAGUCACACCGACUAGCAAAAAUCCCUGGCCAAAAGAUGAAAUUCAGGUAACGCGAAUCGAAAAGCCUAAAGAGCGUGACGCCAAUAAGGAAAUGGAUCGGCCGAUCAAAGAUGAAAUUGAAGUGGUUCACCUGAAGGAUGGAUCGCGUUCAUCGAACCGGCGGUCGUUCCGCCCACUCUCGAUACGCCCGGAUAACAACCAAGUUGUCUACACGAUUAAAAACUCUGAAGAAGGACGCGUCAACGGCUACAGCAAUGGUUACGGCAGUGCCAGCGAUAUGGAAAUCAACGAUGAACUACCCGAUGAUGAAGCGGAUGAUCUAAGUGAUGAUGCCCAGGGUGAAAAUCUGGAAGAUUUACCCAUGCCUCCCUCUCCGGUUAGAAAGGAAAUGACCGAGACGGAACGGUUAGAGAAUCAACUACUUAUACAAAGGCUGCAAGCCGAGUUGAGGACAGAAGAGAUGCGAUUGGUACUGCUCAAAAAGAUUCGACAAACUCAGCUUUUAGCUGCCCAACAACAACAGCAACAACAACAACAGCAGCAGCAGCAACAGCUCCAUCAGCAGCAGCAACAACAGCAACAACAACAACAGACAAAUUUGACAGUUGCCUCAAACUCUCACGACGUCAAAACAGGACCACCAGCUACCAGUACGAAGCAGCCUCAUCCUGCCCACUUAUCGAUUUCGUCACCUCAGCAGCAGCAGCAGCAACAACAGCAGCAGCAGCAGCAGCUUCAUCACCACCAUGGGGGACAGCACGUGAAAUCGAGCAGUAAAAACAACAACAACCACAUGAGCUCGUCGCCGUCUUCCCGAAAUAGUUCAAACUCGCAAAAUUCAUCACGCCAUUCGACCAAUGUUGCCAACAUGGCCAUGAAUUUACUUCAUCAACAACAGCAACAGGGACAUCGCAAUUCCAAUAGUAACGUUUUAUCGCCGUUAAUGCAGCAUCAGCAACUUCAGCAACACCAGCAACAAUUGCUGAGAGGAUCGGCUGGACUUUUGGCGCACAGCAGAGCACCUAUUACGACACCCCCGAAUGUAGUGAUGGGACUAGCUAUCGGCUCUGGUGCUCCAUCGCCUUCGUCUCCAAGCAUCCAGGGGCAUGACAAACGCGACCACAUGCGAACAAGCACCUCGUCGCCCAAUGUUGCCCAGUCUGGCUCGUCCAGCACGCUCGGUCUCCAUCAUCACACAAGUGCUUCUAGCUCCCGGCAAGUUGAAGAUCCUCAGACAGCUGCCCAAAGACAAGCAGCCGCCAAAUUAGCUUUAAGGAAGCAAUUGGAGAAAACUUUACUUCAGAUCCCACCACCUAAACCUCCUCCACCUGAAAUGCAUUUCAUCCCCAACCCGAACAAUACCGAAUUCAUCUACUUGUUGGGCUUGGAGGCCGUCGUCGAUCGACUAACUCAGGGUGCAGACCAUCCAACUCCGCCCAUCCCGUUCAUCUGCUCCCAGUGCGGCACAGACUUUUCGUCGCUGUGGAAAUGGGACAAAGCCGCAACACAGAAACCAGCAGUGAUGUGUGAUCAGUGUGUGACCAACAACGUCAAAAAGGCCCUGAAAGCGGAGCACACGAACCGACUGAAGACUGCUUUCGUGCGAGCUUUGCAGCAGGAGCAGGAAAUCGAACAACGUCUGGCGCAAGGUGGCAACAUCAGUCCGCCUAUUCCUCCACAUCAUCCGAUGCCAGCUCCGUCCCACGCCAGCGCCAGCGUCCAUUCCAAAGCGUAUGACUCGCUACCGGCCUCUACUCAAAUUAUCCCCUUCUCCACAAAGUCCAUCAACAGUGGAACGCCAGCUCCCGCUCACAGCCCAUUAGUCGGAUCACACUCGGCCGUGAGCUUGAGCAUAGCCGUUGGCAAGGAUCGAAUGGAGCGAGAGCGCGACAGAGAGCGCGAGAGGGAGCGUGAAAGGGAACGAGAAAUUCGUGAACAUCGUGAAAGGGAACGCGAGAGAGAAAGGGAUCGUGAAAGGGAAAGAGAACGGGAGCGUGAACGAAACGAGAACCGCGAACGUGAAAAGGAGAGACAGGCGAACGCAGCGGCGGCCGCUGCUGCCGCCGCCGCCGCAUCGGCUAGCUUCGAUUUCUCGAAAAUGCCCGACCCGACCAAGCUCUUUGGUCACCAAAUGUCUGCAAUGCAAAAUGCUCUGCAAGCCCAGCUGCUGAGAGGCAUGGGAUUGCCUUCGGGAUCGGCGUCCAUGUCGAGUCACGCUCACAACCCUCUCAUGAAUCCCUUCUCUUCACUGCUGUACCCUUAUCAGCUGGCCAUGGCCGCUUCGGCUGCUCAAGCAGCAGCUCAGGGCAGAGGCAAUAGCGGCGGUGGUGGAUCCGGAGGAGCUGGAGGCAGCGGAAACAGCAGUCGAGACAAUAGCGCCGCUGCCUUUACCGCCGCCAGUUUGGCCGAACUGCAACGGCAAUAUCUGCUGGACAUGCUCCCACACCUGCCCAACAUGGCCGCUGCCGCCGCCAGCAGUGCCGGCUCCCGCUCGUCACAGGGCCAAAGCCAGGGUCAUGGCGAUGGUCGUCAAAAUUGGAAAUCUUGAGCAAGUAGACAUCCCCCUCAAAAUGUGUCUUUGUGUUGUCAACUCCGCUCUGAUGGGCAUUUGCAUCCGCCGGCAGCAGCUGACUUGCCUGAGCCAAGACGUUCUUUUUUUUUCUUUAUUAUUAAUAAUUAUUUUCAAUAUUUCUUGCGGUCUCGUUAUGAAUAUUCACCUCUCCCCAUUUCUCUGUUGACUUUCGAUUUAAUAAGCGAACUGGUUCCAUGCGUAUGUCAAAUCACUAACGAUUAACUAAAAACAAAAAGGGAGGCUGUUCGAGAUCUCACGAUCGUCUUUGCUUCAUUCAGUUUAGUGAACCAGUAAGAAAUUUUGUCUCGAUUUUCCAUCGUGGUUCAUCACACUCCAGGCAGGGUACGACUGUCGUUACGUGCGCCCUGAUUUGCCUUAUGAACUCAAGCUAAAAAGACACCCAACAACCACGACAAAUCCAUAUUUGAUAUAGGACAAAUGCAGCGAUGUUAUCUUUUGUUUCUUAUUAUUAGAGAGGUAGCAAAGCGUAGAACUGCAGUGACACAGAAGGGACUCAUCAGCACAUAUUCUCUGUGAUGGGCCGGAUGCUGGAACGCUCAAAUGUUGCAUGUGGAAUAUUAUGACAUAUAACCCUCCCCCCUCCUCCUGAAAGGCAAAUUUGGCCAUGUACUGCUUUUCAUCCUCUAUACUGUUGUUUAGAUGCACUGACUCGUGAUUUUUUCAAAACUUCAUCUGGCGAGUGCACCUUCUCUUGUUGCAGAUCUGAUCAUCAGCACAACCCUACCCUCCUGACAUGAAUUUUCCCCCACCCCGUUUUCCUAUAAUUUCCAUGUGUCUUUACUUCCCUCUUUGUUUCUCGUGAUCUAUUAAACUUACGUCAAGACAACGGACAUGACUGUCUCAUUUGGCAUGGUGAUGAAAAUGCGGGAUUGCAGGCUGACAUUCUGGUAUCCUCGAGUGUAUGUGUGUUUGUAUCUGUCUUGAGAGAAGUGAACAAGAAACGUGUUUCCCAAUC